CGGAGGAGGCGUGAGAGCCGGUUUUUGCUUCACCCUCGACGCGAAAUACCUCUCGCGCCGCAUGUCCGUGGUGAUCCCCUCCUCCGCGUCGGAGGCGGACGCCGCCCUCGCUAGCGGCUCCUGCGUCGCCAACUUUUGCGCGACCUGGUGCGAACCGUGCACGCACAUGAACGCAGUCUUCGCCGAACUGGCGUCAGAGGGCUCCAACGCGGCGCUACGCUUUGUGCAGAUCGACUGCGACGCCUUCCCGGAGCUGUGCGAGCGCCACGGGCUCGAGUCGGUGCCUGCCUUCCUCUUCUUGCACGGCGGUGCCGUCACCGACACGCUCACCGGCGCAUCGGCACCUGAUUUAGCGCUUAAGGUGCGGCAGAACGCUCUCACCGCGUCGAUCCACACCGACGCGGUGGGCGCGCCGCCCGCUGCGGUGCCGAUCGAGGAGCGGUGCCGCCAGCUGACCAGCCGUGCGCCCGUGGUGCUGUUUAUGAAGGGCUCGCCCGCCGCGCCGCGCUGCGGCUUCUCGCGCAAGAUCUGCGAGCUGCUCACCGAGCAGAAGGUCUCCUUCGACAGCUUCGACAUCUUGGCCGACGAGGAGGUGAGGCAGGGCCUCAAGCAGUUCUCCAACUGGCCGACCUACCCGCAGCUCUACGCCGACGGCAAGCUGCUCGGCGGGCUCGACAUCGUGCGCGAGCUCGCCGAGGAGGACGAGCUGCUCGACUCGAUCCCGGCGGCGGCAAAGGCCGCGUGAGCUCUCCGCCUUACGCUAGGCCUUACGCCCAUGGAAUGAACUCGUGCGUGAGGGUCCCUGUCUGCCGCCUCUCCUCUCCCCCCUCUCCUACUUCUCUCCUCUCCCGCGCCUCUCUUAGCUAGUUUGCCCCCUGCGCGCGCCGCCCAAACGCGCCAAGGGCAAGGCGGUGCGCACUGACCGUCGGACUUCUCUGGCGAUUUGAGGGGAGACAUUUGUUUCAUUUCUGUUUUCCUUUUCUCAUUUGUGAUUUGCGUCUGUGUGAGUACUUUGUUCUCUGUGUCA